GGCACGCAAAGCCGUCGCAGCCGCCUCGCGCCCGGUCCCGCGGUCGCAGCUCUCGCCGCCUCAGCACCUCGCUUCGUGAGUCGGUCCCUCCGGCACACGACUUCCAGCCCCGCCGCAGCCGUCCUCCAGGUCUCCUUCCUCCGGCCCGAUCCAGUUCGCAAAGAUGGUGGACCGCGAGCAACUGGUGCAGAAAGCCCGGCUGGCCGAGCAGGCGGAGCGCUACGACGACAUGGCCGCGGCCAUGAAGAACGUGACUGAGCUGAAUGAGCCGCUGUCCAAUGAGGAGCGAAACCUCCUCUCUGUGGCCUACAAGAACGUGGUCGGGGCGCGCCGCUCUUCCUGGAGGGUGAUCAGCAGCAUCGAGCAGAAGACGUCUGCAGAUGGCAAUGAGAAGAAGAUAGAGAUGGUGCGUGCCUACCGCGAGAAGAUAGAGAAGGAGCUGGAGGCCGUGUGUCAGGAUGUGCUGAGCCUGCUGGAUAGCUACCUGAUCAAGAACUGCAGCGAGACCCAGUAUGAGAGCAAAGUGUUCUACCUGAAGAUGAAAGGGGACUAUUAUCGCUACCUGGCCGAAGUGGCCACUGGUGAGAAGAGGGCGACAGUGGUGGAGUCGUCGGAGAAGGCCUACAGUGAGGCCCAUGAGAUCAGCAAGGAGCACAUGCAGCCCACUCACCCCAUCCGAUUGGGCCUGGCUCUGAACUACUCCGUUUUCUACUACGAGAUCCAGAACGCCCCGGAGCAAGCAUGCCACUUGGCCAAGACCGCCUUCGAUGACGCCAUUGCCGAGCUCGACACUCUGAAUGAGGACUCCUACAAGGACUCCACCCUCAUCAUGCAGCUCCUCCGUGACAACCUAACGCUCUGGACAAGCGAUCAGCAAGACGACGACGGUGGAGAAGGCAACAAUUAAGGCCCAGGUGGACUGGCAGCGCACGCCGAUGCUACUACUGCAGUCUUUAUUUUUUUCCCAUGAGUUGGGGGUCGGGUGGGGGAGGGAAAGGGAGGGCUGACCUUCCCAGGGAGAAACCCACGACCUGUUCUGUCUUUGAUUGCCUCUUUUGACAUUUUUGCCAAAAUACCACUAGUGGAAAGUCAGGCUAGCUGUGCUGGAACUGGAGUAGCACCUCACGCAGGCAUCCAGAUUGUUCUGUAGGUUCGUGCAAGUGGAGCUGUCUGUCUAACUUAUUGCCAGGUGAUUGGGUGUUAGGAUGGAGAAGCGUAAAUGGGUGGCCCUCAUUCAGUGAGUUCUGUGGUUCCAGUAAGGAUUUUUAUGUUCACAUGCUCUUGUCUUCAGUUUCGGGUACUUCCUGUCCAUGUGAGCUCCUUAGCUCUGCUUUUUUUCAGAGUAUACGCUGCAGACACAGCCUAGUUCACCCCAAACGGACAGUCUUGGAGCCUAAGGUUUUCUCUACCUUACUCUUCCACUCUGGCCGGCAACAGUAUUAACACUAAGUUGCAGUUGACAGUAUUUCUGCAUUACAGCCAUAUGUGACACCCAGCCAUCGGUUGUGAGCUUUCCUUUGCUGUUGCAUUGGCUUUGCAGGGGCCCUCACUCACCGCUUCCAGGUUGGUGUUGCUGUCUGUCUCCCCCUGUCUGCUGCCUUGGCUGGAACACCUGCCUGAGCAGAAUCAGGUGACUCUUGGUUUUGGUUUAUAGGUGCUUAGCAGGUGGCUGGGUUCUUCCUUCUUGUACCAUGUAUUCACCACAAAAGUUGUUGAUCGCUUUAGCAGAACUGUUAAAUGCAAGCCACCAGAGUCAAGGGGCCUCGGGUCUGCCAUCCUUAUAUGGUGGGAUGUUUUCAGAAGGGCUCGGCCCCUCGGGGAUCACACUGCCAUUUGUUCCUCUGCACCCCCUGUGCCCUGAGUCUUCCCCCACUGUGCCAUGGGCCAGGUGCAUGGGGGGCUUGGGAGGCCACUGGACUGAAGAGGCUAGCUGGUCUUUUCUAGGUGUGUGGUGCUGUAUGGCAAGCCUGGAGCUAGAGUGCCAGCUGGGAGGAGACCCCAUCACAAACAGCUACCUGUUCUAGAGCCUGGCAAGUUUCUCCUCCCUGAAUCACUCAGUCCCUGUCUUUAUCAGGUAGUGAGUGAAUGAGCGAGCGAGCGCCUACGUCCCGUCUCACCAAAACUUCUCUUCUUACCGACUUAGCGUGGGGAUUGGAGAUUCACCCGUCCACAGUCUCUGCGCAUGUGUAGUUGAAGGAAGCUUACAUGACUGCUAGUUCAUUUGCUAGCUGAAGCCCCCUUGUGCUUUCUCCUUUGGAUCGUGUGCCUGAACACGACUUGUCGCACGCUGAAUGCAGUCCAUGAUGGGGGUCUCACAAGGUGGGCACAUGGGACUUGCCAGCCACUUGCUUUUGUUCAGGCAAGGGGAAUGUGAGUAAUAAUGGAAGAGACUGGCUGAUGCCUUUGCCGGUACCAGAAUCAAGCUUCCCUCUAGAAAUAGGCAUGUGUGACAGGGAACGGUGUCUUAACGCUGCACAGUUCAGCGUGACUUUCCUUCCCUAGGGCCCCUCCUCACUAGCGACUGAGGCCCGCAGAAGGACCAAGCAGAGAGAACUUGGCUGUGUCUGUGCCAACAGAGGCCUGGGGUCAUUGUCUGUCACCGGUGGAAAAGACAUCAGGGGGUGGCUUUCCCUGACUCAUCUUGGUGUCCAGUGAGCAGUGUUGUGUCCUUCCUUGUAGUGUUUGGAAAUGAUUUACUGGAAUUACAAAACCUAUUUUUCCUUUAAAUUUCAGCUUUGGCUCUGGCUGCUUUUCAGAAAUGAUGCAAGAUAAAAUCUUACUGAGGGCUGGGACUGAAGAGGGAAUGGGAGAUUUGCUAUUUAAGCAGCUUGAAUGGUUUCUUUCUUUCCUUUCUCUUUAAAGAAAUGCACUUGCCUAUGCUCCUGUCUUUCCAGUGAGAUGAUUACUCCUCCAUUACUAUCGAUACCAUAUUGUGCAUGCCAGUGUUGUGUUUCUAUACAGUAGCUUGAAAUUGAUUAACUUAUACUGUAGGUGUUAUGUAUUCCUAUGACAAAAGAAAAAAACGACUUAAGUCUUCAAAUUUUUUUAAGUUUUUUAAUUUAAUUUUUUUUCCUUUUGGGGUAAAGUUUGCUCUACCAAAUAGUGAUCGUAACAAAUUGAUCUGUUUUGGAUGUUGCUAUAGUGACAUGCAGCUAUAUAUUUUGUUUUCUUGGGGGGUGGGGAAGGGGCAAAAGAAACACCAGUGUUAGUUUAAUCUUAAUGUCUGGUGUCAGUCAUGGUGAAAUGAUAACUUCCAGUUAGGAGAACGGGACUUUGUUCUCUGAACGAGCCUUCGUGCUUUUUGUCAUGUUAUGCAGUGAACUCUUUUUAAGGUCUGCUCAGUGAUUCUUUUUCCAGCUCCGUGUUUCUCUAAGGAAUUAUUUCGCACACGGACCAUUCUUAGCAGUUUUCCUCAGUGAUGGAAUAUCAUGAAUGUGAGUCAUUAUGUAGCUGUCGUACAUUGCGCAAAUAAACUUACAGAUCUGA